AUGGCCGGGGGGCGCCGCGCUGCCCCGCGCCUCCCGGCGCUGCUCCUCCUCCUGCACGCCGCCGCCCGCCUCGGCGCCGAGCAAGAAGUUGAAAAUCUCUCCGGGCUCUCCCCGAACCCCGAAAAGGACAUUUUUGUGGUGCGGGAAAACCGGACGACGUGCCUCAUGGCGGAAUUUGCCGCGAAGUUCAUCGUCCCUUACGACGUGUGGGCCAGCAAUUACGUGGAUCUGGUCACGGAGCAGGCGGAGAUACCGCUGUCCCGCGGCGCCGAGGUGCGGGGCAAGUGCGGCGCCAACGAGUCCGAGCUGGAGAUCUCCUGGCUGGAGCGAGCUUACAGCCUGCGCCUCUUCUUCGGGAAGGAGGGGCACAACGCGUCCCGGGGGCCCGAGGUGCUCUGGAGGCUGGCGCGGGUCCAGUUCGCCUACGACACCACCGAGCGCACCUACUUCAAGGACGCCGUGAGCCCCGGGAAGCACACAGCCAGCUCUCACCGGCUCUCUGCCUUAGUCACCCCGGCUGGCAAGUCCUACGAGUGCCAAGCGCAGCAGACCAUUUCCCUGGUCUCCAGCGACCACCAGAAGUCAGUGGAGCUCUUGCUGUCCGAAGUCCGCGUUCAGCCCUUUGACAUCAGCGCGGAUUUUGUCUUCAGUGAAGAACAUAAAUGCCCCGUGGACCAGCGGGAGCAGCUGGAAGAAACCCUGCCUCUGAUUCUGGGUCUGAUCCUGGGGUUGGUGAUUGUGAUAACCCUCUGCGUUUACCACAUCCACCACAAACUGACGGCCAGUCAAGCACAAAUUCCUCGAGACAGAUCUCAGUACAAACACAUGGGAUAG